UCCUUCCUUCUCCAUUCACCACAACCACUCUUCUUCAUGCCAGUUCGCCAUUUUCUAGGAAAAUCUCACUUAACACUAAAACAGUGCUCUGAUCUCAUGGCUUCUUCAUCAUGUUCCUCCCAAAAUAAAUUGUGCAAUGAGAAACAAAAGCAAGGCUUAUCAUUCACAGAUUAUCUGAGAGGUUUGUCUGUUCUUCUCUGCGAGAUCUUCUUCGAGAAAAUCACAUCAAGCAACCUCCAAAAUCCCCUCCCUUUAUCUCCUCUUUCUGAUCUCACUUGCAUUGUCACUGGUCCCACCAGUGGAAUUGGCCUUGAAAUAGCCAGAAACUUGGCCUUCUCAGGGGCUCACUUGGUCAUGGCAGCAAGAAACCAAAAAGCAGCUCAUGACUUGAUAAACCAGUGGAACCAUGGAAGAUCAUCAUCUUCUGAUACUGAUUCUGAAGCAGCAAAUCAGCUUAAUAUUGAGGUGAUGGAGCUGGAUCUUCUCUCCCUGCAAUCUGUUGUGAAGUUUGCACAUCAAUGGAAUUCAAGUUCAAGGCCUCUGAAUGUUUUGAUCAACAAUGCUGGAAUACUCUCCAUGGGGAAGCCUCACAAGUUGUCAGAAGAUGGGUUUGAGACUCACUUGCAAGUCAAUCAUCUUGCACCUGCAUUGUUGUCUAUACUGCUCUUGCCAUCACUCAAGAAAGGAUCUCCUAGCAGGAUUGUGAACAACAGUUCAACAGGACACUUUCUUGGUUUUGUCGAUGUAGAUGACAUGAACUUUACUUCUGGGAGGAGGACAUUCUCAAGCUUCAAAGCGUACGCAAGUAGUAAGCUAGCACAGGUAAUGGUCAGCAGCAUCUUGCAGAAGAAGCUUCCUGAAAAAUCUGGAAUCAGUGUAGUAUGUGCAAGUCCAGGGUGUGUGAGAAAGACAAAUGUGGCGAGGGAUAUUCCCAAAAUGGUUCCACUUGUUUUCAACUCACUGCUAUUUUUCUUGUACACACCUAAAGAAGGAUCUAGAAGUUUACUUUAUGCAGCUACACAUCCUCAAGUUCAAGAUUACACUAAGUCCUUGAAGGCUCAAGACUCUCCUGUUUGUGCUUAUAUGGAUCAUGAUUGUAGUUUUGGUCAUGUUUCUAAAGAAGCUCAAAACUUGGAGACAUCCAUGAAAGUUUGGGACAGGACAUUGGAUAUGACUGGACUUCCUUCUGAUGUAGUGGACAAGUUACUGAGUGAGGAUGCUGUAGAAGUAAGCCUAAAAGAUAGGUCAAAUUAAGCUAUGUUACGUUGUGAGGUGGUACACCUCAUCAUUUGUAAUCUUCUAUUUUCAUUUUUCAAGUUUUUUUCUUUUUUAUAAGCAAACAUACAUAUGUUGAAGAUUUGGUUUGGAAGUCUGGAAUUAUUUAGACAUAAGAAAAAUACAAAGAACUGGAUUCUAUCUCCUGUGCGAUGCACGGAAGAGUUCUAACUA